GGACGGCCCCUUACCAUCAGGCCCACCAAAACUAAACACCUGCCCGGGUAUUCUGUACCGUCGAAGACUCCACCCCCUCAAAGCCCCCCCAUGAGUGAUGGGCCAGUUGUGGAGAGGGUGCAAAAGUGUCCGUACUUGGGCAGUGCGUGCUCGUGGCCAGCUCCGGUUUGGCAGCAGAGGUCUCGCUCCAAAUCCAGUCGAGCUGCCAUUAUUAUCCUUUUUUGUCAGCUGCGUAACGUCCAGUCGAAGCUGCCGUGUCUAUCGCUCCACACCAAGCUUCGGGUCUUCUAGGCCACAGUCACGCCAUCCCUUCUGUGCUUUUGAAACGCGCACCCCAUCUGAAGGAACAUCAGGCUUGCCCCGCCUACGAUCCAUCCUGGGUUUGACCAGGACGGAGUUCACAAAUCCCUGAAAGAUCCGGACACAUUGCCAUCGGUCACCAUGGACGGGCACCGCAAUGGGAUGAAAGGAGGAGGCAGAGGGGAAAUGGUCAUGAGGAGUGCCCACGUCUCCGUGGACCUCGCCGCCGACCUCACCACGCCGCUGCUGCCGCCGCCGCCGUCCUCCGACCCCACGGCCCUCGCCCCCCACCACGGCGCUCCCGGGGGGCCUCCGCCCUCUCCGCCCCCCCCGGCCCCCGGCGGGCCCCCCCUACUCCCCGCGGCGGGGACGGGGGACCCCGCCUCCGCCCCGCCGCCGCCGCCGCCGCCGCCCCCCGAGUGGGGAAAGACGGCGGCCGCGUUUGUCUACGCGGUCUCCGCGCUGGUGGCGACCAGCGUGGCCAUUGCCGUGGUGCACGAACGCGUGCCGGACAUGGAGGUGUCUCCUCCGCUGCCUGACGUAUUCUUUGACCGCAUUUCCCGUGUGGAGUGGGCCUUCUCCGUGUGCGAGAUCAACGGCGUCAUCCUCGUCUCCAUGUGGUUCACACAGUGGGCCUGCCUCACCCACAGGUCUAUUAUUGGGCGCCGCUAUUUCUUCAUCAUCGGCACCCUCUACCUGUACCGCUGCAUCACCAUGUACAUCACCACACUACCCGUGCCUGGAAGCCACUUCCACUGUAGCCCAAAGGUCCUGGGCGACGUGGAGCUGCAGAUGAGGAGAGUAAUGAAGCUGAUUGCGGGCGGCGGACUCAGCCUGACGGGGUCGCACACGCUGUGCGGCGACUACCUCUACAGCGGUCACACCGUGGUGCUCACCCUCACCUGCCUCUUCGCUCAGGAGUAUUCCCCGCGGCGCUGGUUCUGGUACCGGGUUCUCUGUUUCCUGCUGGCCGUGAGCGGCGUUGCCGCCAUACUGGCUGCACACGACCAUUACAGCAUAGACGUGCUGGCAGCGUACUACGUGACCACGCGCCUGCACUACACCUACCACGGCAUGGCCACCACGGCCGAUCUCAAGUCGCGGGAAUCUGGGAACUGGUUCAGGAAGCUUUGGUGGUUCCGCAUCUUCCUCCUGCUGGAGGGAAACGUCCCCACCAGCGUUCCCCUGCGCUUCUCCCUGCCCAUGCUGAGCGCGGGGAGGGACGAGAGGUACUCGCGCGUGGAGAUGGCUUGAGGCAGGCGCGAGGAGCAGAGACGGCCGCGGUGGAAGAAGCGGGGAAGGGAGGUGCGGAGAUGGGAAGACGCGCGGAGGAGACGCGGCUCCUUCCGCUUGCAGAAGGAGCCGCGGAGAUGGACGUAGGUGAUGCAGUAACACCCCGUGACCUCGCCGCGUCCUGACUGAAGUCGCGCAUCGUAAGCCCUGGCCCUGCUGGGCCCUGAGACAGGGCCACCCACCUCAAGCGUGGUUCCGGUUCAGCCUGGCAAAGAGAGUUUGCGUGGCCGCACGUGCCGUGAGGCACCUGGGCUGGGUCGGCUCACCCACGCGGCAGUGGAAAAGCGGACACUGAGAUAUGACCGUUGUGUGCGUCAGUGCUGUGGGUGGACAUCUUUAGACAUCUGGACGUCUGUGAAAGUUAGAGCUUCGUAGCUCAUCGGAUUCCGUCCAGGAUAAAGAUGAUGAUUUUGGCUAAACCCUAAUACUGCCCCGAACGUGAACAAUAGGCCUAUCCCUAACCAUGACAUUAGCCUAACCAUGUCUUCACUGUAGUGCUAUCCACAACUCUAGCCCUACCACCGACUUUUGCCGUACCAGUUUAACAAGCAGGUGGCUUUCGCGACGAAUGUCAUCCAUAAGAGAGUUUUUUUGGGUUCGCGUAAAUAUAUAAAUGUGUCGUUAAACCCGCCACCACCCGACACAGCCAAUUUAGUAAGGUUAGUCUCACGUAAACAGAACGUGGCCAAUUCGUUACUUGUACAGCACACACCGGUUGUGUGUUCGAGAGCAAAGCCCCAAAAUUUACUGAAUGUUGUGACAAACCUUAAUAAUCUUCUUUGGUUCUUUCGGUAAAGUCACCACGUAGAAUGAGAAUAAAAUAAUAAAAUAAGACAAUAAAAUUCUCACGACGUUUCGGCCACAACACAAGUAGCCU